CAAACCCGAAAACCCCACCCGAUCCAAAGCCUAAUACCAUCUCCAUCACUUUUGAAGCAAGAGCGCCGGAAAAAGCUCCGCCGCGGUUUGCUCCUCAGCACUUUGGUUCCGCAGUCAUCUCCGAUCCUCCUUGGUCACGUGUAGUCUUUCCUCUGUGCUGGAUUCAUGCCUUCCAGUGAUCGCCGAGGCCUGCUCCGCCGCGGUUCCAAGAGGUUCACAAUCUAAUCGUUUGCGUCUUGCCUUGGGCCGACACCGCCGCUUCUCCUCUGUGGUUCCAUGUUGAUUCCCCGAUGCCGCUGGCUCUCCGCAUCGCCUGGAAUCGCCGCUGCCGCUUCUCCUCUUUGGUCCCCAUUCAUCCCGCUGCCACUUCUCCUCUUUUGGUCCCCAUUCGCUACGCUGCUGCUUCUCCUCUGUGACUCCUGUUGAUCCCCCAAUGCCGCUGGAUCUCCGUCCGCAACGCCUAAAAAUUUAUUUUUUUUUCAAGGAUCAAAGGCAAACAGACUGACCCUGACGUGGUUGGACGCGGCGGCAACGACAGAGAAAAUAUUGAGGAGAGAUAAGGGUGAUGUACAGUGAGUGGCUGACUGAGUUAGAGAGAAAAACAAGAGACGACGGGUUCUUUCUUUAUUCUUUAUUGGGAUAAAGUUAAGGCUUACAAAAGAGCAAGCCAGAGGCCCAGGAGGCUUGAAGAGAUAAUGGCAUCGUUACCACUGAGUCCUUGGAUAAGCAGAGCCCCAGUCGCUUCCUCUUCGGCAUCUCUCGUCUUCCACGCUGCUUCAUCGCCAGCAUCACUCUCUCUCGCUCGCUCCUCCCCUCGCCCUCCCCUCCUCCACUGCUCCUUCCUCUCCUCCUCUUCUUCCUCCCUUUCCUUCCCUUCCUCUCUCCUCUCAGGUUUGUCGCUGGGAUUGGAGUUGACAUCUGAUGUUCGGGCUAGAAGAGAAAAGGGCCGUGGCCUGGUUGUGAGGGCAGGCAAGGCUGCUCUUUGCCAGACCAAGAGAAACAGAUCGCGGAAAUCAUUGGCUCGGACCCAUGGUUUCCGCAGACGAAUGAGAACAACAAGUGGGAGAGCAAUUUUGAAGCGUCGACGUGCUAAGGGACGGAAAGUUCUUUGCACCAAGUCCCACCCAAAUAGUGGCAAAUAGAGGCAUGAAGGCAUGAAGGCUUAUAGUUAUUUUCUUUCUGUUGGUAAAUUUGUUGAUUCCUGUAAGCAUGUCUAGAUUUCAAGCUUUUCUUCCAUAACAGUGGUUCUGUACUCUUUAUAAUAUUUGAAGAUUGCAUUUUAUAUCUCAACAUUUGUUUUUGUCAUGCA